CAAUGGCAAUUAUUGUAAUCGAAGUAGGCUAUUAAAUUCCUGUUUGGCACUACAGCUCCAUAUGCAUAUUCCCGACACGCCACUAUUACAGUUCGUGCUAAAACACAGCCAAAAAUUUUGACUACAAUGACACAUUUCCAGGAAUUUCAGAGGAUUGAAGGGAACGUGCGCACGGUUCGGAUUCUGAUAUUGGGUGACCCAGGUGUUGGAAAAACGAGUUUGACCAACUUGCUGGCCAACAGCGCGAUCACGCCAACACGCUCCUCCCGAACCGUUGCAAACAGCGAAUGGACCGUUCAGGCGCGUCUGCAUAAGUACCCCAUCAUGGAACAACACCUUCCACUCACACCGGAGUGGACGUCGCCCUCCUCAUCGGAGCGGUCAAUACAAUGGAAGCUCCAGAGAGAGCCACCGCACGUUUCGGAAGUGAUUUAUUUCGUGGAAUUCUAUGAUAAGAACUCUUCAAUAAGCAAGAGUCGGGUGGACAAAAACCCCUUAUAUAAGAAUAUUGACGGUAUGGUAUUGGUUUAUAAUAUGGAAGACAUGCAGUCGCAGGACCAUUUGCACGACUGGAUGUACGGCCCACUGCUCGAGAUAAGCCAGCGCCGUCACAGCAAUCACAAACGAUUACUUAACCGUCAGCAUGUGCCCAUCCUUGUCGUGGGCACCAUGCUGGAUAGGCUGCACAAACGUCCGCUACGUCGCUAUGGAACUAUUGCCCACCAAUUGGGGGCCGAGGAGAUGUUACUCAAUUGCCUGGAUCCUCAUUCAUUAGAUGAAAAAACCCGCAAUCACGGCAAAGUGUGCAAUUUCUUGAACAGAGCCGUAGACUUUAAGAUGUUUGUGCCAUAAAAGAUGUAUAUUUAGUA